AUGCCCAAUACUUUAACUCUCAUGCACCAGGCGCGCAUAAUAGCAAACAAUCUUCCACGCGCAGGCGAGGUGGUUUCGGCGGCGGCGGAUCCCUACAUAGACGCGUGGUGGUCGGGCGCGGGCGCCGUGCUAUUCGGCGCGUGCGGCGCCAUGACUCUGUACUCCUGGUACGACGUGCCAAGAUGCAACAGACGCACAUACGCGCAGGUCAACGCGAUAUGCGCGCACGCGGCCGCCGCCAUGCUCACCGUGGACUCCCUCCUCGCCCUGUGCUCGGCACACAAGGACGGCACCAGCGGCAGAACGAGAAGCCACAAGACCGCCAACGCG